AUGGUGAGCCCAAAAGGGGGCGUCCUAAAAAACCACCAACAGCCAAUGAAAAGCACAUCGUGGUCCCCAAACCGGCUCCACAGCGUGCUGUGGGAGGGCGGAGCCGGCUGCCUCUACACCCUGACCCGCUCCAGUCUGAGUAAAUGGGAGCUGGACGACAACUGGGAGCAGCAGAUCCUCAGCUGGGACGCCCAGAGAGCUCUGACCGAGAGCAUCGGCGACGCCAUCUGGGGAUCAGAAAGCAACUACGAGGAGCUGAAGGAGGGAGCGAAUGUGACCUACCUGGAUAUGAAGCUCAGCCAAGCCGGUCUGGUGGUUUUGGCUGCAGCCUGGCACCCGUCAGACACCCCCUGCCUGGCCUACUUCUGCCUGGUCUCGCUGCAGGACACCGGAGCCGCCAUCUCGGACCACUUCACCGUGGAGGUCACCAAGUACAACCCUCCGUUCCAGAGUGUGGAGGCGCUGCAGGCCACACGGCUGGUGUUGCCACGCUCCCCCGGCUCCUCCGCCUUCCUGUACAACCAGGAGACGGUGUUCGCCUGCUCCACGGGAACCAGCAGGGGGGCCCUGCCCGACGAGAGAAUCAGCUUCAACUCACCGGGUGACGGUGUACGCGGAGGAGGCUGCUGCGCCGACCUGCCGGUGUUUUUCUCCCUAAACAGCGGCCUGGUGGCGGUGGUGGCCCGGGAGAGCGCCUCCAUCCUGCCGGAGACCAUGGAGGACUCGCUGUGCUCCUCGCUGGCUCCGGAGGUUUCAGCCAUGGAGACUCCAACCAGAUCUGAGCCGGUAGCUCAGGAGGACAAAACCAAACUGCUGAAGGCGGCUUUCCUGCAUUUCUGUCGGUACGGUAACAAUCCCAAAUCUUCAUAUAUGCAAAUUCUUAUAUUGAUUCAAGCCAUGGAGAGGGUGCGAGACAUUGUCCAAGAGGACAUGUAG